AUGGCCUCUGCAAACACUUUUUCAUGUUCCAUCUGUCUGGAUGUAUUCAGGAGUCCAGUUUCCACACCAUGUGGACACAACUUCUGCAGAACAUGUAUUACACAGUUCUGGGAUGAACUAGUCCAGUACAAAUGUCCUCUUUGCAACAUGCUUUUCAACACAAGACCUGAUUUACGGAUCAAUACCCUCUUAUCAGAGCUGGCCACUCAGUUUCGAACAUCGGUACGAGUAAAAGAGCAGCUUUGUGUUAAACCAGGAGAAGUUCCCUGUGACGUCUGUACUGGGACCAAGCUGAAGGCAGUGAAGUCCUGCCUAGUGUGUUCUAUCUCUUACUGCCAAACCCACCUGGAGCCACAUCAGAGAGUAGCAGGCCUGAAGAAACAUCGGCUGGUCGAGCCUACAGACCGUCUGGAAGACAUGAUGUGUAAGAAACACGACCGACUUCUGGAGCUCUUCUGCCAGACUGAACAGGUGUUUUUGUGUCAGUUCUGCACAGAGACAGACCACAGGUCCCAUCCUGUUGUACCUCUAAAUAAGGAAUAUGUAGUGAAGAAGGCCCAGCUGGGGAAGAUAGAGGCUGAAGUUCAGCAGAUGAUCCAGAAGAGACAAAAAAACAUUCAGGAGAUUAAAGACACAUUAAAAUGCAGCAAAGCAGAUGCAGACAGAGAGAUAACUGAUGGUGUGCAGGUCCUCACUGCUCUGAUGCGCUGCAUUGAAAAGUGCCAGGAUGAUCUCAAACAAAUGGUUAAAGAGAGACUGAAAUCCACAACGAAACAAGCUGAAGACCUCAUCAAAGAGCUGGAGCAGGAAAUAGAAGAUCUGACCAAUAGAAGCUCAGAGGUGAAGCAGCUCUCACACACUAAAGACCACCUCCACUUCCUCCAGGCCUUCAGAUCCCUGAAGAAUCCUCCACCCACCAGGGACUGGACGACGGUGGAGGUCCAUCCUCCGUCAUACGUAGGGACCUUGAGGAGAUCCCUGGAUCAGCUGGAGGGGAAACUGAACAUUGAGAUGAAGAAGCUGCGAGUUGCUGAACUGAAGAGGGUCCAGCAGUAUGAAGUACAUGUGACUCUGGAUCCUGAUACAGCACCAUCCCAGCUCAUCCUGUCUGAUGAUGGGAAACAAGUACAUGAUGGAGGUGUUGGAUCUCUUUGGGUUGUCAGGGAACUCCCAGACAACCCAAAGAGAUUUACAGAGUGUGUAUGUGUUCUCAUGAGGCAGAGCUUCUCCUUAGGGAGAUUUUACUUUGAGGUCCAGGUUAAAGACAAGACUCAAUGGCAUGUUGGUGUUGCCAGAGAGUCCAUCAAAAGAAAAGGCAUUAUAUAUCUGACCCCUGGGAGAGGUUGCUGGAGUAUUAAAUUCAGCAAGGAUGGGUUGUCAUUUAAUGAUAACCCUGCCAUCCGUCUCCCUCUGAGAGCUGAGCUCCAGAAGGUGGGGGUGUUUGUUGAUUAUAAUGAGGGUCUGGUCUCCUUCUAUGAUGUGGAAGCCAGGGUUCAUAUCUACUCUGCUACUGGCUGCACCUUCAGUGAGCCUCUUUAUCCACUCCUCUGUCCAUGUUUACAUGAAGAAGGUACAAACUCUGCCCCCCUGAUCAUCUCACCUGUCAAUCAAACAGACAGGGCCUUUGUUUGACAAUAAAAUAAUCAAACAACCAAAACAAUUGAUGUUGUUACCUGAAUUACAAUCUCUACAAUGUGAGAUCUGAGAUCUGAAGGACCAAUACAUUAAGCCACUAACACUGUGUACUAUAAACAAUAUUACCCAUUAUAACUUCUAAGAAUACACUACAAUGUUCAAUGUCUUUUUAUCUGAAUUGUUUUUAUACUUUUAAUGAUAAUAAUAAUAAUAUAUAAUAUUACAUAAGGAUACAUAAUGUGAAAUGUUAAGUCGAUUUUUUUAACCAAAUACACUCCUUUAUCAUUUUUGAAUCAUGUUUGACAACACAAUACAAUGUUUGUAAACUUUUGAGAUUUGAAUAAAAAUGUACUUAAAGUACAUUUUUUCUGUCAAAUAUUGUGGGUUUUCUGCUGAUGUGUGGUUGAGGCAUCCUCACCUGGCCGAGUCAGACUGAUUGGACUCUGGGGCUGAGUGAGGCGGCACACUUGUUGUCCAUUGAGUAAUCAAUGUUUCAACCACCAGGGGGUGCCCUAGUUCUGUAAACGAUGCAAACCAUUCAAAAUAAAAUCCCUGAAAAAG